CUCUCUCUCUCUCUCUCUCUCUCUCUCUCUCUCUCUCUGUCUCUGUCUCUGCCUCCACUAGGAGCGAUGGCUAAUCAUCUGUUAACUAAUACUCUCCUUCAUCCCCAUGGUUCUAACCAUCCUUAUAACUCUCUGCUGGGGGACACCAACCACCAAGCAGUCUGUAACAACCCCAACGUGGCUGGCAUGUACAGCACACAAGAGGGAAUCCUAAACAACGCGCGAGACACCGGCGUCACGGAUACGCUCCCUCUCAACGGUAACCACGGCAACAACUACAGCGCGGCGAGCGGCGACUACCUCAGCGACAGCGUCCAGAUUCUGGAACGAGGCGGCGUCAGCGGUUACAGUACCUACGGCAACCACAAGGAGACGACGACGUUAGAAAAGCAGAUCCUUAAAGAGUUAACGUCCAACUACACCCCGUCGUACUUGAACAACCACCAGCGCUCGGCGACCACGGAACGCAACCACAACCUGAUGAAUAAGAUGGUCAACAUCGGUAACGGCACCGGCAACGCGGGCGGCCUGGUCGGCAACGGCAGUAACGGAAUCGGAAUUGGUGGCGUAGUCGGCGGCGGGAGUAACCGUGACUACGACUUGAGUAACGACGGUGUCGACGUUAGUCACAUGGUGCUGGAUAACCCCAACGCUGCCUUCCCAUUGGAUGAGAAUUUGGGAUUGGAGAUUAUAAGGGAGGAGUCGAACGCCCCCCUCCUCCCGCCCCGCCCUCUGCCUCCCCCGGACAGCCUCCCCCACCCUCACCCUCCUCCCCCGCCCCCCCAUAACUUCUCCCGCCCCCGGCGCCCCCAGGAGACCAGCGAGAGCUUCUUCCCCCUCCUGACCAACGAGCAGACGGACGAGACUCCGCAAUCGCCCAAUCACAGAAACUCUCUGUACACCUCCAUGCCCGUGUUAACGGAUUUAGCGGACGGCCACGGUAGUCACGGGCAGAUGAACGGUUUAGCGGACGGCGAGAUGGAAGACAGCGGGGAGAUUCAGGCCGGUACCAGCAGCACCGGGAGCGAACCGGGGCCGGAGGCGGAUGAUGUUUACUAUAAGAGCAUGCCAAACCUGGGGUCCAGGAACCACCUCCACCAGCUCCACCAUUACUACCAGAUGGGGCGGGGGGGAAGCGAUGGCUACAUGGUACCUGUCAACAAGGAGGAUUCUGAUUCGUCGCCCGAGGAGCCCCUGACCCCUGUUGACCCCUCCCAACUGGUCACGAGCCUAUAGACCAAUGAGAAGACUCUAAACCCCUUAUUUUCCGGGUCCCACCUUCUUUUUUAGUCCCAACUCCCAGAAUAGUUAUAUGUUGAUGAUUGAUUGACAGUUGGCGCUGACCAAUGAAGGCCUGGUUGAACGCACUCGCUUCCUGAUUCUAUCCUGUGGUUAGUGACAAUAGGGACGAUACUGAGCUAUCAUUGGCCGGAAGGGAGAUGAGAGAGGGAUUCGAUUGGAUAGAUAAUGGAUUGUAAUUUAGACCAGAACGAACUAAACUGGGUGGCUCGAAACCAAGGUUUUUUUUGUGAAUUUUCUUCAGGAAUGGAAAUAUGAAGUAGUUCCUGAAGGAGGGGAGGAUCUGUCAGGCCACCUGUCUUGAUAGA